UCCAGAGGCGGGGAGGCGGCGCGGGGAGGAGGGGUAGGCGCUUCCCCCCCAUUUAGCGCUGAGGGAGCGGGAGCGGCGCUUUCGGCUGCCAGCGCGGGAGAAGCCGGGCGGCCCGCGGGGACCGUCGGAGCCGGGGGAGCCACUUGCGCUGCGGCCGCCGCCCGCGCUGCUGCUCCUCCUCCUCCUCCGUGAGGCGCCCUCCACCCCGCCCUCCGCCCGCCCGGGACCGAGCCUGGUGGCCACAAAAUGGCGGACGGGGAGCUGAACGUGGACAGCCUCAUCACCCGCCUGCUGGAAGGUGAGAACUCCAUGUAUAGUGACUGUCUGUUGUACCUGGCACAAUGAGAUUCUGAUCUACAAAUGGGAUGUCUGUAAACUACCAGAAUACUAGGGCUUGAAAGUACGAGGAUGUCGACCUGGGAAGAUUGUUCAAAUGACGGAAGCAGAAGUUCGGGGUUUGUGCAUAAAAUCACGAGAAAUCUUUCUUAGCCAACCUAUUCUCUUGGAACUAGAGGCACCUCUGAAAAUCUGUGGUGAUAUUCACGGUCAGUAUACAGACUUACUUCGAUUAUUUGAAUAUGGAGGAUUUCCACCGGAAGCUAAUUAUCUUUUCCUUGGAGAUUAUGUGGACAGAGGCAAACAGUCUCUGGAAACAAUUUGCUUGCUACUGGCAUAUAAAAUCAAGUACCCAGAAAACUUCUUUCUCUUGAGAGGGAAUCACGAGUGUGCUAGCAUCAAUCGGAUCUAUGGAUUCUAUGAUGAAUGCAAGCGGAGAUUUAAUAUUAAGCUCUGGAAGACCUUCACAGACUGUUUUAACUGUCUGCCUAUUGCAGCUAUUGUGGAUGAGAAGAUCUUCUGCUGCCAUGGAGGACUGUCUCCAGAUCUCCAAUCAAUGGAGCAGAUCCGGAGAAUUAUGAGACCCACAGAUGUUCCUGACACAGGCUUGCUGUGUGACCUGCUAUGGUCAGACCCAGACAAAGAUGUGCAAGGUUGGGGUGAAAAUGAUCGUGGUGUCUCUUUCACUUUUGGUGCUGAUGUGGUCAGCAAAUUUCUGAACCGUCAUGAUCUGGAUUUGAUCUGUCGAGCUCACCAGGUGGUUGAAGAUGGAUAUGAAUUUUUUGCUAAGCGACAGUUGGUCACCCUAUUUUCAGCCCCAAAUUAUUGUGGAGAGUUUGACAAUGCUGGGGGCAUGAUGAGCGUGGAUGAAACUCUGAUGUGUUCCUUUCAGAUAUUGAAACCAUCUGAAAAGAAAGCCAAGUACCAGUAUGGUGGACUGAAUUCUGGGCGCCCAGUCACUCCGCCUCGCACAGCUAAUCCACCGAAGAAGAGGUGAAGAAAGGAAUAAUGUAGAAACACCAUCAGAUCUGUCAAGGACAAAACUCCAUAUUACAGUAUAUAUAAGUGUGCACUGUAAAACCAUCCAGCCAUUUGACACCCUUUAUGAUGUCACAAGUUUAACUUAAAGAGACGGGUAAAGGAUCUUUAAUUUUUUUCUAGUAGAAAGAUGUGCGACACUGUAUUGUAACAAGUAUAGCUCCAAGUUCUAAUAUCCAGCAUAAAGUAAAAAAGUUUAAAGGAAAACUAUUGCGACUACAUAUUCACACUUACCACGGUUUUUAAAGUUGACCAACAUCCCAGUUAAAACUUGAUGUAAUAGUUAAACCAGAUUGAGAGCAUGAUGUUCCAUUUGUGUAAUGUGUUCUUAUUGUUGCUUGAUUGCUUUUACUUUUGUUUUUUUGUUUUGUUUUGUUUUUUUUGUAGCUAGAAUGAUGCGAAUAUGGUAUCUAGUCGUAUUCCCUGGCGCUCUCUUUGGAAUUGAAAUAAGGAAGGGGCUUUUUAGAACAGCCAGUGAUCUCUUAUCCUCCCUCUUGCCCCUGUUCAUAAUAUUGCUGCCCAAAUGUAUGCCCCAUUGUAAUACGAAGUUUAUAGUAUGGUAGUCAUUAAAAGGCAAACUAAGUCCAAAAUGCCUAGACUGGACAGCUUGACAGCCAACAUAAUUUGAGACAGAAAAACCUGUCUUGACUUUUUAACUUAAACUGCCACAGAAUGGAUUUGUGCACUACACUGUUUUAAAUUAUUGACGUUACACUGUGCUAUGGCACUUCAUUUAAUUUAGAUAGGACAAAAAUGGUAUUCCCUAUUAGUUGGUAACUUGAUUAUGUGGUACCUUGGCUUUAGGUUUUAUUAGCAUGAGACACCUUUGGCAUGCUUAGCUUCCAGGUAACUCCCAACCUGCAUCAAAAUUCAUCUUGCAUAGUUCCACCGAACAUGAAGAUCCGUAUUUGAUAAGCCUUUGAAAGCUGACAUUCUUUUUCAUAAGAGGGUGUAUUUUAAAUGGAUGUUCAUCAGUGAACAAUAGGUUAACUGACGAUUGGUGAGCUCAUAUUGCUAUGUGAAUGUCCUACAUGAUUGUAAGGCUUGUGUCACUAAAGAUUAUAUCCUUUGGAUUUUCAUGAUCAAAUUUCAUAUACUAUUGUAUAGACUUCUGCUUUGUAGUGUACUAUAGUAGCAAUAAUUUCUGUACAUGAUCAAGAGUUAUGCAGUAUUUCUUUCCAGUUCUCCCCUUUCUUAAAAGGGUUAACAUUGACAAAUGGUGAAGUACAGAGAAGAUAAAGUUUGUAGUAGGAAAAACAAAAGGCAUGGAUCUGUGAUGCAUUAGGAUGCAAUACUUAUUAACUAUAACUAUAAAAGCUUUUAUUGAAUACUGUCAAAUUUGUAAGAUUCUUUGGGGGAAGGCUUCAGAUUUAUACCAUUCUAAAUGUGCAUCUGUAGAUGUAAAACUCUUGACUUCAAUAUUGUCUUUGAAAAUGUUAAAUUGAGGAUUCUGGUAACUUACAUUUUAUGAACUGGCACAUUAUAUAAUGCAAGAGAUAUAUUGAUUUCUGACACAGUGAACAAGUUCUUUAAAAUGGAUUUAAGUCUCUUUUCUAAUUCAAUUUUGUUUUAAAUGCAUAUUUUAAAUGUAGUUUUUUCAUUUAGUAAAAGUUGUCUAAUUCAUUAGAA